AUGCACACGGGAACUUUUCGCGGCUUUGACGUGCUCUUCAGCACCAAAAACUGCUCUGCCGCUGACUGGUACAAGUUUUGGACCGACUUUACCACCGCCUUUGCGUGGGAAGGGACGGUUCUCAUGUUACCCACGUCGGAAAAUGGCACCGAGAAGGUCACAAUGUCGUUAUGCGCAGACAUGGAGAAUUUCGAUCGCGCUGUGCAUCUGCUGAUGCACCAUGGGUUCAAGAACGAGGAAUCCUCCACAGGAGAAACACAAUUUGAAUCACCGGAGAGAAUUCCGGCUGUUGAUAUAAGUGCCCAACAAUCCUGGUUCGAACUAAGAAUGCUUUGCGAUGGAAUCCUAAACCUCUAG